AAACGUAACCGGAAUGUCGUUUCAUGUUUUUUUUUUUCAAUUGUUCAAACCAACAGCAUUUACGAGUUUCGCUUCAAUGCAAGCUUUGUGGUCAUAGUUUGUCGAAGUCAUCUGUCUUGUAUGAUCUUUAAACGCACCAUGAGUGUUGGGACCCGCAGCCUGAGAGCCUUCUUUCUCUUGACAAUAUGCCACAGCGCCAGAAGAUGUUUAGCCUCCGCUCCGGAGCUGCACCAGGCACCGACAAACAUUGCUGUGGUUGGCGCUGGAAUCGGUGGCACGGCCGCCGCGUUCUACCUGAGGCAGGAGUUCGGACCCACGGUCAAAAUAGACGUAUUCGAACCCGGAGAUGUCGGCGGGCGACUGGCAACCGCCCGAAUGGCAAAUCAGGAAUAUGAGACGGGAGGUGCCGUUAUCCAUCCCCUCAACCUCCACAUGAAGCACUUCGUUGACAAAUUAGGCAUCUCCACGCGUCAGGAUGUCCCGUCGAAAAAGGCAGUCUUCAAUGGCAGCGAACUCACUUUUGAGGAGAGCGACUGGUUCAUCGUCAACUUCUUGCGAAUGCUGUGGCGCUACGGCCUCAACUAUCUGUUCAUGCAGAUGUGGGUGGAGAGUGUUAUGGAUAAAUUUAUGAGGAUCUACCAGUACCAGCAGUACGGUUACUCCUUCACCAGCGUGGAGAGGCUCCUGCACGCCAUGGGCGGCGAUGAUUUCCUCAGUCUGAUGAAUCACUCGCUGGAGGAAACCAUGCGAGCCGAAGGAUUCACGCAGGUUUUCCUCAACGAUGUGGUGUCUCCCUUCACGCGCCUGACCUACGGCCAAAGUGUCCGUAUCAACGGCCUCGCAGGGGCUCUGUCGCUGGCGUGGGCUGACUCAGGCCUGUGGGCGGUGGACGGAGGUAACAAAAGAGUUUGCUCCGGGCUUCUUUACCACAGCAAGAGUGAACUCAUCCCAGCCAGAGUGACCAACGUUUCGUUCAAAGUCCGCCCAUCCAAGACAGGGCCCUCCACCGGCUUCUAUGAGGUCACUUAUGUUGGGGACACGGGUGCGGGGCACUCGAUGUAUGACAUUGUUGUCAUAGCAACCCCACUUCACCAGGGCAAGUCUGACAUCGCCUUCUCGGGUCUGUCCUCACCAAUGGUGUCCCAGUUUCCCGGCAUCUACCACCAGGUGUUCUCCACUCUGGUCUACGGCGUGCUCAACACGUCCUACCUCGGAGUCACUGGGCCCGCCUCGGAGUUCACCGUGUCCGAUGUUCUCACCGCCGAUUCCAAAGACGACAUCAUGUACAGUUUGACGUCCGUCGACCCGGUCCACGCCCCGGCCGGCUACAACCGACCCCCCGCCAGCCACAGCAAAGUGUGGAAAGUGUUUUCUCCUCGAGCGCUAGACCAAGAGGACCUCCGCCGUUUGUUCCUCUCAUGGGAUUCGGUAUCGCAGACUCCGUGGCUGGCCUACCCCACUUACCGCCCGCCUCAGCGUCAGACGCCGCCGUUCAUCCUCCACAACAGGCUCUACUACCUCAGCGCCGUCGAGUGGGCGGCCAGCUCCAUGGAGAUGAGCGCCAUCUCGGCCAGGAACGCGGCGCUGCUGGCGCACCACCGCUGGCACGAGCAGACGGGCCGGAUCGACCAAGAGGACCUGCACACGCGCUUGCGAGGGGAGCUCUGAAGAACAUGGCUUUGGGCCUAAAAUGUCAGGUAUCCGGGCACUAUCAGGGUCAUCUUAUUUUCGAUGAACAAAAUUAUUUGUAUGUGAGGAUUUGAACAAAAACAUGUCUCGUUAUCGCUUCCAGAUGAACUGAUCCACACAGCGUAGGCAAAGUCUCGUGCCGUUCUUUCAUUCAUUCGGUCCAAUCGUCAAAUCACCCGGCCCAUCUGUUCGCUUUAAAAAAAAAAUCCAACGAGUGCAAAAGUUUGCUUGUCUUUGUCGCGUCACGAUGGCCUCGCUCUUGUUUCAAGUCAGCCGCGCAACACCGGAACGCACGUUUUGCGAAAGAAAUGAAGCGCCGAGCCUCAUUUGUUUCUCAGAACAUGACCUUUUCUUUGCACCAACAGGCAUGACCACAUUGCGCGGGGUUGACUUGUAGCGAUGAGGCACGUGGCACUACCCAAGCUUUUGAUGUGUCGGCAACAUACCUUCUGUGUGUAAUAGUCGAGACGCUUAAUUAGGUUGGCCUGCAAAAAAAAAAAAAAAACGAUCCGACACAGGAGUUGUUUUCGAGAUUCUGCCUUGGAUGCACAGUUUUGAUUGACAGCCAUUUUAUUUCACGUUUAUCGUCGUGGUUGUUGCUGAAAUUGGUGUUCAAGUUGUUCGGCAUGACGACUACAUCGAGUCGUUCAUUUCUACUACAGUCGCUCUUGGAAUGAAUGGCUUAGGUGUCGCCGUGUACUGCAAGAUAAUUGCCCUUACAGGGUUCGACGUUAAUAGCGGCUCGAUGGUCCGGGCCAGUUCGACAAGAAUCGCUAUCUCGAUGUGACGAGUAGUACUUAAGAAUAGAAGAUGGGAAAAUCCGCACUCACUCUUAAGAUGUCGUGACCCGAGGUCACAUGACACUGGAAUUAAGUGAGACACUGAAAAGAGCGUCGUUUUUAACUUGAAUUUAAAACUAGCUACACUUUACUGGCCUAUCUUGAUUCUUUCGUAUUACUUCUUCUGAUAAUAAAGGAUGCUAGCAAAUCGGGGGGCUGUAUUUUACACUAUUUGUACAGAAAAAAAAAUCCUUAGGAUGUAUUGGGUGUGGGGGCGGCAUAUUGUACACGGGUGUGCGUUCACGAGAUUUUUACGGUAUAUGUACAUUUCGUCAUUGAAACUUGGUGUGCUAUAAUGAAUCGACCACCCGUAGCGGUUCUGACAGGCCCACUCCAUCUUGGCUCAUGGUGGCUUCAUGUCAGAGCCGGCCUUAUUUUCCCUUUUGGCCUUAAUUUAGCUUCCCUCUUGAUGUGUCAGUAAAUAUGUUUGUGAAUGAUAACGCGCCCUCCCUCUGACCGACCUCAACAGACUAGCAUUGAGGCGUUUUGUUUUUUUUUUAACAAUCAAAUUGGGUAAAUGAUACCAUUUUGGUUAUGAAAGACCGGCUAAUAUAAUAUUGCGGAUGAUAUUUCUCAAAGUCAACCAUUUUCCAAAGCACUUUAAUUGACAGAAUCCAGAAGAUGGCAAACGGUCAUGAGCACAACUAAAAGGUUUAAAAAAAAAAUUACAUCACUGUUUACAAUUCACCUAUUUGAUGUUUAGUAAAAAUCUAAAUCCAUCAAAUUAAGUCUGAAAUUGAAAUAAGAAAAUAAACAUUGUUUUCACUGAU